CGCACCCUCAUCGCCAACAAGUGCAGCGCGAGAGUAAAGGAUAGGCGCGGACAACUACCUCUGCACCGGGCAGCGGCAAUUGGAUCGUCGCCCAUCAUCAAGAUUCUCCUGGAGGAUGGGAAAAGUCCUGUGAAUGCGACGGAUGUCGAUGGAUUGACAGCUUUACAUCACGCGGUGUCAGAGGGCCACGGCGAUGCGGCGAUUACGUUGCUCAAGGCUGGUGCCGAGGCGGAUAAGAGAGAUUCGAAUGGCGUUUUGGCCAUUGAUAUGGCUCCGGAUAGUAAGGUACGGAGCUAUAUCCUGCAAACGGCGGAGAGGGAGGGAAUCGAGUUAUAGUUUAUCCAUAUGUUGGAUAGGGAAGGACAGAUGGAUGGAAGAUAUAAGAAGGAUUAAUACCCGGAGUCUAUCUUUGAUACUCUCAGGCUCAUCGAAUAACUGUUUCCAUAUAAUUUUUGUCUUGGUAAUUAACAGAUUCAUGACAUCUUCUCUUUCAAGGCAUGUCUCACAUCACAUCGUCUAAAUCGGAGUCUAGCCCGAACGAACAAAUCUAUGUACAG